AAUUUCAUAGUUUUAACAGAAAUGACCUCGCAUUAAGCGGGAAUGAAUAAUUACGACGACUUACCCUGCUCUAUUUACUUCAAAAAACCAACUGUCCAGGAGUUUGUGGAUCAACCGAGAGUCUUCGAAGAUUCUGAAGUCCCUGCCUUUCAAGAAGUUCUUCAGCUUCCACAAGAAAGGACAAAACCCCCAGUACCAUCUACGCAGCCAAUUGUCGCCGCUGUAGAAGUAGCCAAGAAAAAAUCGUGUCUUUCGGCUCCGAAACCAAGAAAAGAGCCACCUUCGCAUCCAGCGCUUCGCCAAAAAACAGUUGCGUUUGGAAAAACAGUUAACGUUUCCCAAACUGUCGAGGGAACAUCUCGGAAUUCAAAAAAAGUGCUUGCUUCAACAAUGUCUGCCCAAAAUACGACAACGACUGAAGAACAGGCAGCUGAAAACUGGCGGGACGCUAUGAAAACAGAACUGCAAACGAUACGAACAGAGAUUCAAGAAGAAACGGCCCGGCGACAAGAAGAGCUCAAUGCUCAAAAUCUUGUUAAAAUGCAAGAAUUGAUGUCAAACUUCUUUCAGAAGAUAACGAUUCCUAAACAGCAAGCGAUCGAACCAGUUGAAAAAGACAAAGAAAAUUUUCAUGAGAGUCCUCGUCAAUCAAGACAGCAGAAGCCAGCUAGUAAAAUCGCUUCGGCACGAGAAGUUAUCAAAAGAGACGGUGUUAUACCUCCAGAAGCAUUAACAAUUAUUGAGCAACGCCUUCGCUCGGACCCAAUGUUUCGCCAACAAAUUGAUAAUGUUCUAGCAGACGCUGAAUGUGAUGCUAACAGAGCUGCAUAUUCUCCACCACCACCAAUGUCUGAAGUUAGAUACGGAUCUGGUGUGAAUCCUGCUUUGAUGAGAGAAACACUUACGGUAGAACGAAGUAUUCGAUAUGACAACGGACUCGCUUCUAUUGAUUCUAGACAGUGGACAAAUGAGAGACGUGAUAAUCGUGCUCCUGACUCAUACCGUACCUACGAACCGGAUCAACCAUGUCACUCACUCUAUCAAAAGGGUCAAAGUAUUAGCUAUUAUCCGUCAGAAGCAGCUGGAAAAACGACAGCUAGAAACAAUCGAACUGGAUACUACGUGGAAGAUUCAUCAGAUCAUGAAGAGGAUGUUGUAGUCAAUAAACGGGGACAGAACUAUCACGAGCAAGCGGUACCUGAGACUCCAGCUGAACGAGAACGCCGUAUUCGUGAAAAAUACGCUCGCAGGAAAUGAUAUCAAAUGUGUUUAACUCUUGACGUUUUAAAAUUAUCAUUAAUCACUACGUGUAAUGUCUGUGAAUUGUACUAAAACCAUUACUUCCAGCUGUGACCUGAAUAAAUUUUGAAUUUCAUCG